UCCUGCACUUGCUAAACAAGGAUCUGUUGAUUUAUGGCUGAAGGAGCUGUGAGAAUGGCGCUGGCCAAAAUCAAAAGUAAAAAGCUCUGCAAAGAAGUAGAGUCUGGUGAACUGAGAGAUUUGAGUCCUGAAGAUCUAGAAAAAGCGAAUGAGGUGAAGGAAGCAGCUCUGGAGAUUCUGCAGGACGCACUGGACAAGGAGCUGUACGGACACUAUCAGAGAGCUUAUUCAAAAUCAUGCAGGGAGUUAAAAGAUCCUCUUACAUGCUUCUCACUCUUGACUAAAGAGUUCCUGGAACAGAUGAUUGAGAAAAUGAAGAAGGUGCGUUUUUUGAAGGACCCUAAACCGAAGAAAGAAGGAAUAAUUGCCUACGUUUAUCCAGACGACGAGACUUGUACCGUGCACUUGUGUCCCAUUUUCUGGAUGCUCAGUGACCAGCUGUCGAAGGACAGCAAGCCUGGUUCUCUUAUCCACGAGGUCUCACACUUCCUCGGCACUGAGGAUGCUGCGUAUGACUUAGUGUGCAUAGAAGGUGAAGACGUUAUGGGUGCUUUCUUGGGGAGGGUUGUGGCGUACAAGGAAGAUGAAGAUGGAUACCUGAUAGAAAACACUGAUAGAAAACCUUUGAAAGAUUGUGAUCCUGAGAAAUACAACAACAAUGCAAACAACAUUGAGUAUGAGUUUGAAAUUAUUCACAGCCACAAAACACCUUAUUCUGCUGAGGACCAGAAGUACCCGUGCUGUGGUGAAAAGAGGAUCAACUCCGUUUGUGCAAUAAGUAACAUAGAGGAUUACAUCAGAAAAGCACCCCAACAAGAAUAAACAUCUUGCCGUGUGGUGUAAAGAAGAUCUGCAUGGUCUGGAGGAUCCUCACCAGAAUAACAUUCCUGUGGAACACUGCUACUGGGUGGACUGGACUCUCUCCUCUUCUGAACUAAACCUAACACAAAUUAAUACUCUUUAUUCAGUUAGAAAUAGGACCCUGUUCCUCAAAAGGAUUUCAGGAGUCAAGACAUCUCACAUCUUUACACCAGAAACGCUUUGUCAUUUUGCUGAGUUUUUUUUAAAUUCUUUAUUACUGUGCUUUCUCACCCCAAACCUCUACUCACCUUUAAUCUUAUAUUCAAUUCUCAAGAAAAACUUAAUGAAUAAUUAUUAUGAUCUCUAGUAAUGACUGUAUUAAGUGUAUAUGGCAUAUGGACUGAAAACAUUUUUGAAUGACAGUUUUGUAAAAUGCAAUAAAAAGAAGAA